CGCAGGCGCUCGGGGCGGGCCCGGCGCGGUUGCCGGAAGAGCCGCCCCGGCCAUGCCGAGCCCCGCUGGGUUCCUGCGGGUGCGGGCGGCGCCGGUGCGGAGCGGCGGGGCCAUGCCCGGGAAGGGAAAAGCGGCCGCCAAGGGCCCCGCAGAGCCGGGCGCCGCCGCGGGGCCGGUGGCGGCGGCGGGCGGCGGGGCGGAGGGGGGAACGCGGAAAUCUCCCCGGGAACUGAAGCGAGCAGUUCGGCUCUCCGGAGUGUCGCAUGUGACGGCUGAGGCAGUAGGUGUAGCUAUUGCUGCACCUCCAUCAGAAGGGGAGGCAAAUGCAGAGCUGUGCCGUUACCUGUCUAAGGUGCUUGAAGUGAAGAAGAGCGACGUUAUUUUAGAGAAGGGGGGUAAAUCACGUGACAAAGUGGUGAAGAUUUCAGUAUCAGCAACACCAGAUGAGAUUUUAGAAAAACUGAAAAAAGAAGCUUCCAGUUGACCUAAAACAAGAGCAGGAAAUGGGAAGAAGCAUCUUGACUUCCUUCUGCUCUGGAUGGUUUCCUGUGAUAAGAUUUGUCCUCUUCCCUGGUCCCUAAACAAAUGGUUUAGGAAAUUUAUUUUUUUUUUAGUGGAGCAAACGUUGGUUAACAAAGUGAGGAGCUUGGAGUGACAGCAUUCCAUGUGGGAAGUGGUACAAAAGGACAAAUAUGGAUGGCAGAGACAUAAAAGAGACUGUUCUCUCUGAUAUCUCACAGCAGGUCCUGUGUGCAGCUUUUCACUCUGGACACUUACAGAUAUCUAAAAUAAAUGUCUUUUGAAGCCAGUGUGCUGUUGUUGAUCACACAGACAAACUGAAAGUAGAAUCACCUGAACAACUGAAAGAAAACCAGAAGUUUUCAGUAUGAAAAACCAAUGCAGAACCCAUCAUUGCACAUGUGCAGUCACUUUGUAAUAGUCUGUAAAUAGUUUCCUUAAAAGUAGAGAUUUGGUCAUAUAUAUCUUUGCCCAUUGUAUGUCACCUGUAAUGACUGUUUUUAAUAAAAGGGGCAAAAAGUA